ACAUCCACUCAUCAUCCUCUGUUGUUGUUACUCUCCGGCGAGAAACACACUAAAAACACACACACACACUUCGCCGUCACAGUCUCUUUCUCUCUCUCUCUAAAUCACCGGAGCGAUGAAGAGUUUCGCUCUUCACUCUCUCUCCACCACCGCCACUUCCACCUUACUCUCUCAUCACCAUCCCUCUCGUCUCUCUCUUCUCCGCCGUACAUCCUCGAGAUCUCCGCCUUCAACAAUCUCCCUCCGAUCUCAACCUCUCUCCUUCCCUCUCCUCAAACCAAUCCCCAGAUUCUCCACACGAAUCGCCGCCGCACCACAAGACAACACUCCUCCUCCUCCUUCUCCUCCUCCUCCAUCAACUCCGUCUCUUCAACUCCCACAAGGAGCAAAACUCAUCCCUCUGAUCCUCUCCGUCUCCGUCGGUCUCAUCCUCCGAUUCGCUGUCUCUGUACCUGAAGGAGUCACACCACAAGGCUGGCAGCUACUCUCAAUCUUCCUCUCAACAAUCGCAGGUCUCGUCCUUAGUCCUCUCCCAGUUGGAGCUUGGGCUUUCAUAGGCCUAACCGCUUCAAUCGUCACCAAGACUCUCACUUUCUCAGCUGCUUUCUCUGCUUUCACAAGUGAGGUCAUCUGGUUGAUCGUUAUCUCUUUCUUCUUCGCUCGUGGAUUCGUUAAAACUGGUCUUGGCGAUAGGAUCGCUACUUACUUUGUUAAAUGGCUUGGUAAGAGUACUUUAGGUUUAUCUUAUGGUCUUACGCUUAGUGAAGCUUUGAUUGCUCCUGCAAUGCCUAGUACUACCGCUAGAGCUGGUGGCAUUUUCUUGCCUAUCAUCAAGUCUCUGUCUCUCUCUGCUGGAAGUAAACCGGGAGAUCCUUCUUCCAAGAAACUAGGGUCUUACCUGAUUCAAUCUCAGUUCCAGUGCGCCGGGAACUCUAGUGCUCUUUUCUUGACUGCUGCAGCUCAGAAUUUGCUGUGUCUCAAGUUAGCUGAGGAGCUUGGAGUAGUGAUCGCAAACCCGUGGGUUUCUUGGUUUAAGGCUGCUAGUUUACCCGCUAUCAUAUCACUUCUUUGUACUCCAUAUAUCCUCUACAAGCUUUAUCCUCCUGAAACCAAGGACACACCGGAUGCUCCAGGUAUUGCUGCAAUGAAGCUCAAGCAAAUGGGCCCUGUCACUAAAAAUGAAUGGAUCAUGGUUGGUACAAUGCUUCUUGCUGUCACUCUUUGGAUCUGCGGGGAGACCCUCGGAAUACCAAGUGUUGUAGCUGCUAUGAUUGGUCUCUCCAUACUUCUUCUGCUUGGUGUACUCAACUGGGACGAUUGCCUAAGCGAAAAAUCAGCGUGGGACACAUUAGCUUGGUUUGCUGUCUUGGUGGGAAUGGCAGGACAGCUCACAAACCUCGGUGUUGUAACAUGGAUGUCUGAUUGUGUAGCCAAAGCUCUCCAAUCUCUCUCCUUAAGCUGGCCUGCUGCGUUUGGACUUCUCCAAGCAGCUUACUUCUUCAUUCACUACCUUUUUGCAAGCCAAACGGGUCAUGUUGGAGCGCUCUUCUCAGCUUUCCUUGCUAUGAAUAUAGCAGCAGGUGUUCCGGGGAUUGUAGCUGCACUUGCUUUAGCUUACAACACCAAUCUUUUUGGUGCUUUGACUCAUUACAGUAGCGGUCAAGCCGCUGUCUACUAUGGAGCGGGUUAUGUUGAUCUGCCUGAUGUAUUCAAGAUUGGGUUCGUAAUGGCGACGAUUAAUGCGAUAAUCUGGGGAGUAGUUGGAACUUUCUGGUGGAAAUUUUUGGGUCUCUACUAAGGAGCUCCCCCAGAAGAAGUUGUUUCUUGAAGCUUUUGCAAAGACGGAUACAAUUCUUUGUUGUCUUCUCAUUCAGUUUGAAGGCUUCAUUUGUUUUUUUCCUACUUUAGUGAACCCAGACAAUUCUUUGCCACAUAGAUAUACACAGAGCUCUAAUCUCGAUUUGUUACUCUUAUGGAAAUAUCGUAUCUCUUCUUCUUUUCA